AUGUCUACUUGGAUCGCAAUGGGUCUACAACAACGAUUCAUGGCUUUUAUGAACAGCCUUUCUGCCUUGGGGGUCAGAGAGCUAUACAUUGUAGUCGAUAAGGGGAGAGAUAUGAGCUCUACGGAUCUCAAUUUGCUCACCCAGAAACCAUUCUUUGAGGAAUUGCUUCCGGACGGGUAUUUUGAUGAUUCGUUUUCGGCAUUAACCGCCCCAGUUACGAACCAGCUGACUUGGGAGAGUCUCGAGGAUAUGCACAUGAAAGAUAUUGCUAUGUACGAGCAUGAUGCAGAGAAACAUCUAGAGUAA